AUGUGUUUUCCUCGACCUCGAAUCGGAUUGGCGUUCGCGCUGCUCUUCGCUGUCGGAGCAGCGGCCGAGCAAAACGCUACUAACGAAAAUCAUGCAAAAAAUUGGGAGCCUCAGAGAGCGUACGAAAUCUCGGACGCAAUUCUCUUGGACUAUGUCAAGACGCAGAUGCUCCGUGGCCUCGGACUCCGUGAACCGCCGCGAGUACGUCGAGCGGCCGUAGUUCGGAACCACGAGUACGAACGAGUAUACGAAGAGUACCGCAGACGGCUCGAAGAAGAUGAUCUCUUAGAUGAUGCCGAAGAUCUUCAGAGCUCUUCCGGUCUCCAGAGACUGUACACAAUACGCUCGAGCGGCAUGAGCGGUCCAUACACAGAAGAAAACGACGGCGUCGUCCAGCGUAUUCGAUUCCGAAUCCCGGAGUCGACCAGUCAGAAUCUUGUCUCAGCGAGAUUAAGACUGAGACUUAAUCGUAGACUGCAGCCCCACACUUGCUCAGUGAAAGUCUACAAGCUCGAUGAAGAAGAUCAACUCGAUUACCUCGUCGCAGAUCUACACACUCUGCCUGCCGAAACUACGUCGCGAAGCCACUCGACACGCUAUCGCAAAGUUAUCGAUCUCACUUCGUCAAUGAAGGGCUGGCUACGAUCCAGUGGAACUGUCGAGUUCCGCGUAUGGCAGAGUCGACGAGGCUGUCUUCGAGGUCUUCCGACGUUCGACCUCAUGGCAAGAGAGGUUUCUGCUUCCCUAUCCAGAUCGAAGAGAUCACUAUCCACGAGAGGCAACAGGGUGACUCCGAAUUCGGAUAAGCUGGGUGCCACUCGCAGAAUGUGCUCCGGAGAAAACGACAAAGCUUGUUGUAUGAGAUCAUUGAAUGUUUCUGUCGCCGACUUCGGAUGGGACGAAUGGAUCAUCGAACCGAAGACUUUCCAAGCCAACUUCUGCAGAGGCCAAUGCCUUUAUAAGCACGGACAUUUCGCUAGUUCGCACGCGGCUCUUCAAAGCAAGAUCAGCCGCAUCCUCGGGCAUAAGACGGUACCGCGACCUUGCUGUGCACCCACGAAACUCAAGGCCUUGCCCGUCAUGUACCAGGAUUCACAAGGCGUCAUGCACUUCGGUCGGAUACCAAAAAUGAUUGUGAAGGAAUGCGCUUGCUCUUAG